UCGGGUGCCGCCAUGUUGGUGAGGAGAAAUCACCGUUACGGCCAGUGUCCAAAUCCCCGCGUCGCUGCACGCCGCCCGCCCGCCCGCUCCCAAGCCUCAGCCACCGGCGGCGAAUAGAGACUAAAGCGGCAGCGCCGGCAGCGCGGGGCCGUUGCCCAGUGUUUGCAGUUAGAGUCCCAUCUCUCUGGCGUGGUUGUUAAUAGACUGGAAAGUCUGUGUCUGUGUCGCUCACUAGUAACCGUGAGUUUUUACCACUUCGUCACCUCUCGGCGGCGGCCGGGAGCAGGUACCCGCAGGCGGCGCGGGGGUCCUCCCCGCGCCCCGCCGCCGCCGGCCUCGCAGACCUGUCCUCCAGCCCCGCCCCGUUCUUGACCAAACAUGACAGACUCUGAACAUGCAGGGCACGACAGAGAAGAUGGUGAAUUAGAAGAUGGUGAAAUAGAUGAUGCAGGAUUUGAAGAAACACAAGAACAGGAAACAAAAGAGGAUGAAAAGCAGAAAAAUGAGAAAGCCUAUAGAAAAUCACGGAAGAAACACAAGAAAGAAAGAGAAAAGAAAAAAUCCAAAAGGAGAAAACGUGAAAAACAUAAGCAUAAUUCUCCAUCUAGUGAUGAUAGUUCAGACUACAGCCUUGAUUCAGAUGUUGAACAUACAGAAAGCUCCCACAAAAAAAGAACUGGUUUCUACAGGGAUUAUGACAUUCCAUUUUCUCAGCAUGGACAUUUAUCAGGAAGCUACAUGACAUCAAAGAAGAGUCAACAUAACAAAAAAUUUAAAAGUAAGGAAUAUGAUGAGUACAGUACCUACAGUGAUGACAACUUUGGUACCUACAGUCAGGAAACAGAGGAAGAUUUUGCCAGUCAGCUAAAACAGUACAGACAAACUAAAGAAACCUCAAGCACUGCUUUAGGAUCAUCAUUUUCUAAAGAACCAGGGAAAAAACAAAGAAUGAAAGUUCAGCAAGGUAUUGAACAGAGGGUUAAAAGUUUUAAUGUUGGUCGUGGACGUGGUUUGCCGAAGAAAAUCAAACGCAAAGACCGUGGGGGAAGAACCAAUAAAGGGCCUAAUAUUUUUUCAGGAAUGGAUGACUUUCAAGAGUAUAGUAAACCGGGGAAAAAAUGGAAGGUUAUGACUCAGGAAUUCAUUAAUCAGCACACAGUGGAACACAAAGGAAAACAAAUCUGUAAAUACUUUCUGGAAGGGAGAUGUAUUAAGGGAGAUCAGUGUAAAUUUGAUCAUGAUGCAGAGUUGGAGAAGAGAAAAGAGAUCUGCAAAUUUUAUUUACAAGGAUAUUGUACCAAAGGAGAGAACUGUAUUUAUAUGCAUAAUGAAUUUCCAUGUAAGUUCUAUCACAGUGGAGCAAAGUGUUACCAAGGAGACAAGUGUAAAUUUUCACAUGAUGAUCUGACUAAAGAAACAAAGAAACUUUUGGAUAAAGUGUUGAACAUUGAAGAAGAAGCCACAAACGAAGAUGAACGAGAAUUAGAAGAACUUAGAAAACGGGGCAUAACUCCUCUUCCCAAACCACCUCCAGGAGUUGGGCUUCUGCCAACCCCACCAGAGCAUUUUCCCUUUUCUGAUCCUGAAGAUGAUUUUCAGACAGAUCUCUCUGAUGAUUUCAAGAAAAUCCCAUCUCUUUUUGAAAUAGUUGUAAAACCUACUGUGGAUUUAGCACAUAAGAUUGGGAAGAAGCCACCAGCAUUUUAUAAUAGUGCCUCACCACCAGGACCACAAUUUCAGGAAAGCAGCCCACAUCCUCAACAUAUCUAUAGUUCUGGGUCAAGUCCAGGUCCUGGACCCAAUAUUUCUCAGGGACACAAUAGUCCUGUGAUGCACCCAGGCUCCCCCGGACAUCAUCCCUGUGCAGCAGUGCCACACAGCCCACCUUUGCCGCCUGGUCCACCUGGAAUUUUAGGUCCUCACAGUCAAGCUGGAGUACUUGUUCAACCAGACCCACCUUUGACACCACCAAGUAUGAGUGGUGCUUAUCAUUGCCCAGGCUUUCCAGAACACAUGAUGAAAGUACCUAGAGAGAAUCACUGUUCUCCAGGUUCAUCAUACCUGCAAAGUACUGGUGAAAUGCAGCUCAACACCAGUUAUGAGUCCAUACAAAACCCAGCGGAGUUUUAUGAUAAUUACUAUUCACAGCAUCCUGUGCAUAAUUUUCAGCCAUCCAAUAAUGCUGGUGAUGGCAUGUGGCAUGUUGAGUUUGCCCAGCAUCAGCCUCCCAUUGUUCAAGACUCCCCAAACCGGGGGAAUGGAUCUGACGGCAGCAGCAACACGACAGGCCACGGCCCCCUGCCUGCACCAGGUCUCCUUCCUGCAGUGCAGAGAGCUCUUUUUGUCAGACUUACUCAGAAAUACCAAGAAGAAGAUGAACCAAGCAGCACCCAGCCUCAAAGGGCACCAAGCAAGGAAGAAGAUGAGACUGUUAACUGGUAUUCCAGUAGUGAAGAGGAAGAAGGAAGCAGUGUCAAGUCAAUACUGAAAACAUUACAGAAACAAACAGAAACUCUGAGGAAUCAGCAACAGCCUUCCACAGAGCUCAGCACUCCUACUGAUCCAAGACUUGCUAAAGAGAAAAGUAAAGGAAACCAAGUUGUUGACCCUAGACUUCGUACUAUCCCAAGGCAAGACAUGAGAAAAGCUUCUGAGUCGGCCCCUCUGGAUCUUAGACUUGCAUGGGAUCCCAGGAAAUUAAGAGGGAGUGGAAGUAGUCACAUAGGAUCUUCCGUUGGAACAAAGUUCGAGUCACAUCAUGCAAAUGCUGGCUCUGUCAAACACAAAAGAGGAGAUGAUGAUGAUGAAGAUACAGAAAGAGAAUUGAGAGAAAAAGCUUUCUUAAUACCUUUGGAUUCUUCCCCUGGUAUAAUGCUCCAGGAUCCAAGGUCACAACUGAGACAGUUCAGUCACAUUAAAAUGGAUAUUAUCCUAACCAAACCCAACUUUGCAAAACACAUCGUGUGGGCUCCAGAAGAUUUACUUCCAGUCCCCUUACCUAAACCUGACCCAGUAUCUUCAAUCAAUUUACCUCUGCCCCCUCUUAUAGCUGACCAGAGGCUCAAUAGGUUAUGGAAUACAAAAAGUGAUCUUCAUCAGAACACAGUGCCCAUUGAUUCAAAAUUAGCAGCCAAAGCCAAAAUUAACACCACAAACAGAGAAGGCUACCUAGAACAAUUUGGAGACUUACAUAAUUCAGGAAGUAAAUUAGGAGAUCCUAGGCUGCAAAAAAAUUUUGAUCCUAGACUUCAUAGACUGCACAGUACAGAGUCUCAUCAGGCGGUUAUGAAGGAUUCACAUACAUUAAAGGGUGCCCCUCAUUUAGCCAGAUCCAACCCUGGUUCAUCACAGCCCUCAGGGGCAGUAACUAGCAAUUCUGGUUCUGGGCCUUUGCCCCCAUAUGCCCCUAAACUCUCAUCUUCAGCUGGCCUUCCACUGGGAACUCCAAGUUCAGUUCUUAGUGGCAUUAGUUUAUAUGACCCUAGAGAGCAUGGUUCAUCAUCUACAUCAGAGCAAGCAACAGAAAAUGCAGAGAACCAGAAAAAAAGUGGUAGUUUAAAAAGUAGUGACAAAAAUGAACCUUCUCCUGGAGAAGCAAUCCCACCACAGAAAACCAGUCCGAAUGUGGAAGUCACUGUUGACGGGCCAGCUGACCCACAGGCAGAUAAUCUCAGGAGUUCUGGUGUGGUUCAGGUCCCAGCAGUGCACAGUCUUCCUAUUCAGGCAUUAACAGGCUUAAUUAGACCUCAGUAUAGCGAUCCAAGGCAGUCAAGGCAGCCAGGACAAAUGAGCCCCACCCCAGAAAAUGAUCCCAGUAGAGAACCAGAUGACAAAUCUCUGAAAGAGGUUUUUAAAACUUUUGAUCCAACUGCUUCACCAUUUUGUUAGCUAUUGCGUACUUAAGCAAUUCUUUUCACUCUUGUGACUAUUGCAGUCCUCUGCUGUUUUGUAACUGGUUUACCUCUAUAGUUUAUUUAUUUUUAAAUUAUAAAUACUUCUCAGCUGCUAGUAUCAGAACCACAUGAAGUUAUAUCCUCUAAAGCCUGUGGUAUUUUAUAUAAUAUUUUUAUAACUUUAAGAGACUGUAGUAAUUGACAUAGAAACUUAUCUAUCAUGUUAGCUUCGGUAAAAGUACUUUUAUCAUAAAUAAACCAUCAUGAACUCAACACUCUGCCCAAUAUAUGCCAGUUGUCUUUCAUAAUCAAUGUUUAGAUAAACAAUCCCCACUUUUAUAUGGUUGUUAGUUUCAAGCAAUAUGAUGUACAUUACUUUUGAGCAACAGUAUUUUGACUAGGAUCUUCUCUAUUUGUCAAUCCAGAACUGAUUAAUACGCAAUGCUAACUGCUAACUAAAAUGUAAAAUGAAGUAAAGAAAACAUUUUUAAAAUCACAAUUAGCAGAGCAAUCCAUGUUUAAGGGCAUCACUUUUAUUAGUAUUGGCAAUAUUAUUUGUGUAAAUGAAGCAUUUGAAUGUCCUAUCUUUUAAAAGUAUUUUAUCGUAUACUGUAUCAUAGAAGUUGGAGAUACAUAGAUUGUUUUUGCUAAAGUGGAAAAUUCCCAAGUUCUCUAACAUAACUUUUUAAAUGUAGUUUUUCAUAUUAAAUAGUUAUGAGUUAUUGCUGUGUUACAUUGUGAUGUUUAUGUGUUUCAAUGUUUUUUGUCUUUAGCAGCAUAAUUUAUAUUACUUUUUCAAAUGAUGUAGCUGCAAUAAUUGUAUUCAUCAUGACUUUGGUAAUUUUUAACAAAAUUUUAAUAGAUUCAGUGACAGUCUGUAGUGAUUAUUGCAUUGAUAAUGUUUUAAAUGUCCAGGUUCUAUAUUUUUUCUUAAAUGGCAAGAAAACACAGAGAUGGUAUAAUCAACUGUAUAUGGCUACCAAUAAAGAAUCUCUCUCAGAUCUCUCCUGACUGGCAUUCUGUAACAGAGGAGACUGCCUGAUAUUUAAAGUAUUUAAUGUCCUCAUAGAUUGGAAAUCUCCUAAAUUGAUUAGAAAUUGUAUUUUUAUGAAAAACAAUUUGUAGUCAUUUUUGUGUAUUUAUUGCAGUAUAUGAGUAAUGGCAGCCCUAUUUGUUUUAUACAUAUAUUAUUUAUAACGGAAACUGAGUAUUACACUAAUAUUCAUAUCUUGA